CUUGAUAAUGGGAAUAACAAAAUGGCAAUUCAGCAAGCGGAUAAACUGCUGAAGAAACAUAAGGAUCUUCACUGUGCUAAGGUUCUAAAGGCAAUUGGUUUGCAGAGAACUGGAAAGCAUGAGGAAGCCUUCAUCUUGGCACAGGAGGUGGCCGCCCUUGAGCCAACGGAUGACAACUCGCUGCAAGCACUGACCAUUCUUUACCGGGAGAUGCAUCGACCGGAAUUAGUUACAAAACUUUAUGAGGCAGCUGUGAAGAAAGUCCCCAAUAGUGAGGAGUAUCACUCUCACCUCUUCAUGGCCUAUGCCAGAGUGGGCGAGUACAAGAAAAUGCAGCAGGCUGGCAUGGCUCUGUAUAAGAUUGUCCCCAAAAAUCCUUACUACUUUUGGUCUGUGAUGAGCUUAAUUAUGCAGUCUAUAUCGGCACAGGAUGAAAACCUAUCAAAAACAAUGUUUCUGCCCCUUGCUGAGAGAAUGGUAGAAAAGAUGGUGAAAGAAGACAAGAUAGAAGCUGAGGCUGAAGUUGAACUUUAUUACAUGAUCCUGGAACGACUGGGAAAGUACCAGGAAGCCUUGGAUGUCAUUAGAGGGAAAUUAGGAGAGAAGUUGACAAGUGAGCUUCAGAGCCGGGAAAAUAAAUGCAUGGCUAUGUACAAGAAACUGAGCAGGUGGCCAGAGUGCAACGCUCUUUCCCGGAGACUGUUGCUGAAAAACUCAGAUGACUGGCAGUUCUAUCUGACUUACUUCGAUUCUGUCUUUCGGCUGAUUGAAGAGGCCUGGACUCCACCUGCUGAAGGUGAACACCUUGAAAGGGGAGAAGAGAGAUUAGCAGCCAACUUUUUCCGCCACCAAACCCCGCGGAUCAACGCCUCAUUAGAGGUAGCAGGGGCGGAAGUGGGGCGGGUAACUUCCGGAUCUGCGCAGGCGCGCUCGGUCGUAGCUCCCUCGCAUAUCGCGAUACACGAGCGAGAUCGACGCUGGCCCUUUAACAGUUCCUUCCCGGGGGCCUGUCCCGCGCGUGCGCACUGCGGUUCUGCGCUUGUCAUCAUGGCGACGCGGGGCCAUGUGCAGGACCCUAACGACAGGCGCCUCCGGCCCAUUUACGGUGAGUGCCUAGGGCCAGCUUGGUCGCUAGCCCGACACGCCGAGGCCUGGCCAGCCGGGGGCGGAGGCCCAGGAGGGGCGCUGAGGCGGCGCGCGCGGGGCGUGCGGGCGAGGGGGCGGGCCGCGCGGGCUUCUAGGCCGCCACCCGCGGCCUCGCGUAGGCGCCGGCCUGGCCUCCUGGCGCCGAGGUGGGAGCGGGCGCUCGGAGAGCGGCGGCCGGUCUGCCAAGCCGGUCUUGACAGGCAGGCCCUGGGCGACGCGCGUAUUCCGCCAGGCACCACGCUGCCGUCGGGCUGCGUAGCUAACGGCCGCUCGGAGGGAGAGACAGGUCUUUUCCUGCAGGUGGAGACCGGCUACCCGAGAGGAAAUUCCCGACUAAAGACUUUUUUUUUCUCUUGUGUUACGGGAAUUGAGCCUAGGAGGUUGUGUGGUUAG